CAGCAGGAAUGCGCUCCUACCAGCAGUACGACUUUCUGGGCUGGCGGUAAAUUCAAGGAGCUUCAAAUUAGUACCUUGGGAAUUGGUCACUGCCUUCUCUUUCCAUAGUUGCUGAUCUUGCCAACAUUGAAUCCCUCACAGCAGAUCGGCGACAAUGGGUAGAAAACUGUGGUGCCUUUUCGUGAUCGCGCUCCUACUAUGUGCGUCUAUCCAUGGCGCCGAUGCGAAGAAGAAGAAGAAGGUAGUGGUGGAGGAGGAGGAGGCAGCCGAUGAGGGAAAGACCGUCGCAGAGCAGAGCGAAGAGGGUGACGCAGAGGAGAAAACGACCACUAAGUCCUCUACAGCAGACUCCGAGGCUUCAGAAGAUGAAGAGGUAGAGCCGCCGGCGAAAUCCUCCAAGUCUUUGAAGAAACCCAGCAAGGUCGCUAAGAAGGCGGAGGAGGACGAGGGGGAGGAAAAGGAGGAAUCGGCGGACGCCGACGAAGCCGAUGCCGCUCCUGCGAAAAAGGCGAAGGCUGCGAAGAAAGCGAGCGAUGACGAAGAGGAGGAAGCGGACGCUGCGCCGGCAGCUAAGAAGAAUGCUGUAGGGGAAGACGAGGACGCUUCUGCGGAUAAGGAAGACGAGGAGGAGGCUCCUGCAACGAAGAAAAAGUCAGCAGCAGCAGAUAAGGACAAGGACGAGGAAGGUGGGGACGACGAAGCAGCUGAAGAGGAUAAGCCUAGCAAGAGCGCAGUAGCUAAAGCCAGCGCUAAGGAAGAGGAAUCGGGGGAUGAGGAAGAAGCCGCGAGCGAGAAAGUCACGGCGACUAAAGCCGAUGACGACGAGUCCGCUGAUGCGAAGGUUGACAAGGCGGAGACUAAGGCCGGCCAGGUAGCUGUUUCUAAGGAGCCGCCUCAGCAGUCGUCGGCGACGGAGUCGCCUAAGGUUCCGGCUACUGCGUGGAAGUCGAAGAAUCAGACGCGCGACGACAUCGAUCCACAAGGUGCAUGCAAGCGGGACAUCAAGCUCCACUGCCAGGGCAUUUCGCCCGGCGAGGCUCAGCUAUCGCUCUGCCUCGUCUUCCACAUCAAGAACGAGAAGGCCGGCAACGAAGUCGCCACCAUUGCUGUGUCCAAGAAGUGCAGAGCGGAGAUUCGCCAAUUCCGAUCGGACAUGUACAGAGACCUCUCCAUGGACAAGGCCAUGGCAACGGCGUGCAAGGCGGACAUCACCAAGUUCUGCGACGACGACUUCCUCUAUCCGGAGCCUGGCAACAUCAUCGCAUGCCUCAGGGAGGUGAAGCAGGUGGAGAAGCUGCAGGACGCGUGUCUGGCGGAGGUGCUGCGGCACCAGAUGGAGGCGGCGGACGACUUCGUCAUGGACCCGCAGCUGCGCGAGCUCUGCAGCGGCGAGGCGGACCGCCUCUGCAAGGGCGUGGAGCCGGGCGAAGGCCGCGUGCAGAACUGCCUGAGGGAGCACCGCACGAAGCUGGCGUGGGAUUGCCAGGCAGAGCUGUUUAGGCAGGAGGUGGAGAACGCCGACGAUAUCCGCCUCAAUGUCAGGCUCUUCCAGGCCUGCCUGAACGACCAGCGCAAGUUCUGUGCGGAUGUCAAGUAUGGCGACGCGCGUGUGAAGGACUGCCUGGAGGACCAUCGCCUGGACGCCGAGUUCUCCCCUGGCUGCAAGACGGAGUUUGAGAAGAUGAUGGCUCGGAGGGCCACCGACUUCAGGCUGGAUUCCCGCCUCCGCAAGUACUGCAAGGCGGACAUUGCUGAGAUCUGCUACCCCGACGCAGAGGACAUAUCAGAUGUCGCCAACUACGACGCCAAGGUGAUCCAGUGCCUGCAGGACUACCGCGACGAGCUCAAAGACCCCAAGUGCAAGGCGCAGGUGCACAAGCUCACUGAGAGGGAGAUCGACAUCCGCUUCAACAAGCCCCUCGCCGACGCCUGCCAAGCUGACCGCACGACGGUGUGCAAGGAUGCACCGGACGGGCAGGCGUCAGUGUUCAUGUGUCUGCAGGACCACAUGGCGCAGCUCAAGGAGGCCUGCCGCAACUCUGUCUUCGAGCAGCUGGUGCGCAUGGCGGAGGACAUCGACUUCAAGUUCCCCAUGAAGAAGGCGUGCCAGAGCGAGCUCAACAAGUUCUGCAAGGAGGUGCCCCACGGCCAUGCGUCGCGCAUCAAGUGCCUGCAGGAUCGCAUUGACGACGCGGACUUUGGCGAGGCGUGCCGCAAGGAGGUGCAAUCAGACCUCGUGCGAUCGGCUCAAGACUACCGCCUGAACUACCGCCUGCACAAGGCGUGUCUCCCCGACAUCCAGAAGCAGUGCAUGCACGCAUGCGACGCAGCCUCCGCCAACGGCACAGCCACGUGCGGCGGCAUGGUGCUCAAGUGCCUGCAGGAGAAGAAAGACAAGCUCGAAUCCCCCUCGUGCGCCAAGGAGGUGGAGUCCUUCAGCCUGAUCGAGGCCAAGGACCCGCUGUCCUUCGACGUGCCGCUGCAGACUGCGUGCAAGCCCGACCUCAUCAAGCUGUGCCCGGACGUGAGCCGCGACCACGCGCGCACGCUCUCGUGCCUGAGGACCAAGCGGGAGAAGCUGUCCACCCCGUGCCGUGAGGAGGAGAUGCGCUUUAGCAUCAUGGAGGCGUCGGACAUUCGCCUCACACCGUCCCUCAUGAACGCCUGUGGCCAAGAGCUCCAGAGCCUGUGUCGCGACGCGCCCCCCACGGAGGGCCAGGCGUUCAAGUGUCUGCAGGAGCACCUGGAGGACGUGGGCAUGGGCGCGGCGUGCAAGGGCGAGGUCAACCUGCAGGAGGCGCGCCACGCCUCCAACUACCGCCUGGACGUGCGAGUCCGCACGGAGUGCGAGGAGGACGUGACCAAGUACUGCAACGGCGUGGACGCCGGGCAGGAGGGGCAUGCGCUGGUGUUGAAGUGCAUGGUCGGGAGCUUCAAGAGCCUCUCCUCCUCCUGCCAGUCCGAGGUGUCCUAUGCAGUGCGCAUGGCCCUCUUCCAGUACCACAAGGGCGCGGAGCUCACCCAGCCGUGUGACCAGGCAGUGGAGGAGCUCUGCAACACUGGCACGGCCGCCAGCACGCCCGUGAAGGAGAUCAACGGUGCGGUGAUCGGCGUGUAUGGGCAGUGCCUCGUCUCGCAGAAGAGGAACAGGCUGCCUGAGGACUGCCGCACGCUGGUGAAGCUGGUGGCCAAGGAAGGCGCGUAUGUGGGCGGCACGAUCGACCAGAACAAGCUGGAAGAGACACUCGCCAAACUGAAAGAGCUGCAGGAGGCGGCAGCGACAACAGCAGGCGGGGGUGGGAUGGUGGUGCGCCACGACACCGGGCUCGUCAUUUCCGGGUGGCUCGCAGCUGCUGCUCUGGCCGCUGUGGUGGUUGUCUCGAUCGCCAUUGGCUGUGCUGUUUACUACAAGUACUUCAGCCCAACACGCAACUACACCCUUGUGGUUAAGUCCGCUCCUGGUGCCACUGGGGUGUAGGUACUUCCGAGGCGCAUCCAUACCCAUAGCUCUGGUUUACAAACGCCCAUGGCCAUGCCGUUUACCACAAGUAUUUCAGCCCCACAUCCAUUGCAAGGUACCCUGGUGGUCCAGUCUGCUCCUGGUGCUGUUGGGGGGAGUUUGAGGUGCAUUGAAAGCAUCUGCUAUGAAGUAAAAUAGUAUUUUAGUCAGGUGCACAACAUACUACUAAGUGCUGAGCUGAUAGGUGCUGUAUUGUAGUUCAGUCUGCUCCCCAAUGUGAAGACCUCCUCAAAGCCCUCUGAAAGGGAAGAGAAUGCUGCUUGUGUUUGUUGUGUUUUCACUAACACUUAUUAUGGAGUGUAGCUUCUGUUCAUGUCAAUGCAUUC